AUGGCAGGCGGCGGUCCAGGAGCAAACUCGCGUGGCCGAGGUGGCAAGUUCAGGAAGUUCACCCGUGGUGGUGGAAAGCACUUCUCUCGGGACCUGCGACCUGUCGAUUCCGAGGGCAACGAGAUCAGCAUGUGGAGUGCCGGUGCCAAGAAGGACGACGAUGAUGAUUCUGAAGAGGACGAGGAGGAGGACUCUGAUGAGGAAGACUCUGACGAGGAAGGCGGCCAGUCUGGUGCCCAGGGUGGUGCGGCCAGCCGUGAGGAUCGCAAGAAGGAGAAGAAGGCCCGCAAGGAGGCAGCCAUCGCCAGAGCCAAGGCCCAGGCUGUCCAAGUCGGAGACCUUCCUCCCAGCGAUUCCGAGGAGGAGGAGGACAGCGACGAGGACAUGCCUGCCAACCCCAACCACUCCAAGGCUGCCCGCAACCAGACCAAGACUGUCAUUUCAACGGACGUGGACGAGGCAACCGAAGGCGUGAAGGCCUUGGAUGUGCAGCCCCAGAGCCGCCGCGAGCGAGAGUCGCUCGAGGCAGCGCAGGCUAAGGAGAGAUACCGUAAGCUCCAUGAGGCGGGCAAGACAGACGAGGCCAAGGCCGACUUGGCUCGGCUGAGAGUCAUCCGUGAGAAGAGAGAGGCAGAGGCUGCCCGGAAGCAGGCUGAGAAAGAAGAGCGCGAAGCCCAGGAGAAGGCCAAGAGGGCUGAAAUAGAGGCAAAGGAGGCGAAGAAGAGAGAUGCUGCGUUAGGCAAAGGAAAGGGCAAGAAGGCGAAAUAA